AUAAAAGCAGGAGUGGUAGGAAUAAUAAUGCUCCAUCCUACCCUUCUGCAGGCCAAGCUUAUGUUAAGUUAGGCACUCUUAAUGCAUCGGAUUUAAGAGUUUCAUGCCGGGUUGAGGUCAUAACUAUGACUUCCUGGGGAAUUCAAGAAAAUAAUGUGUCGUCUCAGAUUAAUAUUAGUCUAUUGGAAAUCUAUGAUGCUUUGACGUAUGGGUUUGAGCUAUCCUGGUUCCAGGCUGUUUGUGAUCAAAAUUGCAGGUGGAGUGGAGAAUGUGAACUUGAUGACACCACACAUGAGAUAACCUGCUGGAACAACUACGGUUUCUAUCGAUAUAGAACAAUACCGACGGCUCUUGGGGCUGUGGCCGGACUUGCGUGUCUAAUCACUCUAUUAAAGAUUAUAAUUGGAGUUCCAUGCGCAAUUGUGUUUCUAAUUAUCAAAUUCCACAGAAGGCAUUUAUCAGUGUUCGAUGCAAUCGAGAAUUUCCUCAGUGCCGAUAAUAAUCUCUUGCCCAUUAGGUAUUCUUACAGACACAUUAAGAAUAUGACAAAGGGCUUGAAGCAGAAGUUGGGAGAAGGGGGCUAUGGUACUGUUUACAAAGGCAGACUUCGAAGUGGCAGCGAUGUUGCAGUGAAGAUAAUGAGCAAGCCCAAGUCUAGCGGUCAAGAUUUCAUCAAUGAAGUUGGUUCCAUGGGAAGGAUUCAUCAUGUCAACAUUGUUCGACUUGUUGGAUAUUGUGCAGAAAAUUCCAAGCAUGCUCUUGUGUAUGAUUUCAUGUCUAAUGGAUCCCUUGACAAGUACAUUAAUCAAGGAGUUAAUGCGAGUUUGUUGAAUUCGGAAAGGAAGUUUGAGAUUGUAGUGGGCGUCGCCCGUGGGAUUGAGUACUUGCACCGAGGUUGUGACAUCCAAAUCCUGCAUUUUGACAUUAAACCACACAAUAUCCUUUUGGAUGAUAACUUCAUUCCAAAAAUCUCUGAUUUUGGUCUUGCAAAAUUGUUUCCUACCGAUAAAAGCAUUGUCACGUUGACUGCUGCUCGUGGAACAAUUGGGUAUGUGGCGCCGGAGCUGAUCAAUAGAAGCAUUGGAGCUAUUUCUCAUAAGGCUGAUGUAUAUAGCUUCGGAAUGCUACUCAUGGAAAUGCUAGGCUUAAAGAGAACACCGGUUACUGAACAAGACGAGUCGAGUAAAUACUUCCCAUCUUGGAUUUACAAUGACAUCAACAAGGGCAAGGCAAUUGAGAUGGGAGAAGAAGAUGAGGAUGAUAAGAGAAUUACAAAGAAGAUGACCAUAGUUGGGCUUUGGUGCAUCCAAACCAGUCCAAUCCCAAGGCCUUCAAUGAGUAGGGUUGUUGAAAUGCUUGAAGGAGACGUUGAGCUGCUGCAAAUGCCGACGGAAACUUUCCUUUCGGAGCCAAUUAUGGAAGUGGAUCAAGAACAAAGUUCCAUGCCAGAAUCAUCUGAAUCCAUAGCAUUAUUGCCCAAUUCUGCUAAUUCCAACAGCAUAGGUAUAAUUGUGGAUUAAAGGGUAUGCGCAGUGUGCAAUUAGAUGGUCCCAUUAUUAUAUAUCACUUUGCUGCUCUGUUCAAAUUACAUAUUAUGUUGACCUUAUUGUAAGAUAGAUAUAAUAAAUUUUCAAAAAUAUGGUAAUCAUAUGUUAUUA